CGUUCAACAUGAAGUUUGUAGUGCUCGCUCUCCUUGUUGCCGUGGCCUGUGCCGACCAGCUGUAUCAUCCCCCAGCACGGGAUGACUCCGACGAGGUCGCCAUCUUGAGGGACGAGCGCGUGAUCGAGGACGACGGAAGGUACAACUUCGACAUGGAGGCUGCCAACGGAAUCGUCAUAUCUGAAUCUGGCUCUCCUGGAGAUGAGGGAGCCAUCAACAGUGCUGGCUCCUUCUCGUACACCGCUCCUGAUGGCACUGACGUCCACCUUCAGUACGUAGCUGACGAGGGCGGCUUCCAGCCACAGGGUGACCACCUGCCAGUGGCCCCCGCGUUCCCCCACCCGAUCCCUGACUUCGUCCUCGAGCAGAUCGCCUUCGCCGCUGAGGAGGACGCCCGCAAGGCCCGUGGAGAGGUCUCCCGCUCCUAUGGUGCUCCUCAUGAUGACUGAGCUUGUUAUUAAGCAUCUGUCUCUCUCGACUGCCGAUCUUAUGCUAUUUAUAUUUACAUUAUAAACAGACAGAUUAUAUCCUCUGAUAAUGCAGACUAACUCUUAUGUACAGUUACAAAAAAUAAAUGUGAUAUAUUCUG